GUUCAUAUACUUCAAAAGCAAAGUUUCUAGCUAUCACAGGCAUUGAUCCUUAAGGUUCAAUAUAUUCAGGGCUUGGUGUUUUGAACAUGGGGAAUGAAAUGGGGAACAACAACACUUCCGGUUUGCGAGAAGAAGAUAACACGGUCGAGGGUAAACCUGUGCAAGGAUUUGAUCACGCUGAUGAUUUGAAGGAACCGGAUCGUGUAGUUCCUGCAACAGAAGACAAAGAAGAAGUUGAAAUGAAAACUGAAGGAGAGAAAUCUACGGAAGAUGCUGGUCGAAAGGACUACGGAAAGGAACAAGAUCAUGAAGUUGUUGCAUCUGAAGAUAUACAUGUAAAUGGAAAAGAUGAAAAAGAAGAGGUAAAAGGACAAGAUCAUUUAGUUCCUGCAGCUGAGGAUAAAAAAACUUGGGGAAAUGAGAUGGAACCGGCUUAUCUUGAACUGGAUGGCCUAGCAUCUUCUCGUAUUGAAGAUAUGGAGAACGAUUGUAAAGCACAAGCUACUAGCACAAUCCUUGAAGUAGAGGAAAUGCCCUUGAAAGAAGCUGCUAGUACAGAUGAAACAGAUGCUGGAGAUAGCCUAGUUCCUGCAGGUGGAGAUGAAAGUACUCAUGGGACCAAGACAGAGUUGGUUUUCAGUGGUCUCGAUGGAACGGAAUAUCCACGUGUUGACAAGCAGAAACAUGAUGAGAAAGAAAAAGAUAUUACCAUAAAAGAUGAGGCUGAGGAACAAUCUUCACCAGAAGAAGAAGAGGCAAAUGGACAAGAUCAUUUAGUUCCUGCAGCUGAGGAUAAAAGUACUUGGGGAAAUGAGAUGGAAUCGGCUUCUCUUAAACAUGAUGGCCUAGCAUCUCCUCGUAUCGAGUACCCAACGCACAAUAAGAAAGAACAAGAUACUAGCACAUUUCUUGAAGUAGAGGAAAUACCUUUGAAAGAAGAUGCUAGUACAGACGAAAUAAAUGCAGAAGCUCGCCCAGUUCCCGCAGGUGGAGACGGAAGUACUCAUGGAAGAAAGACAGGGCUGGUUUUAGGUGAUUGUGAUGGAAUGGUUCAUCCGUGUAUUGACAAGCCAAAACCUAACGAGAAAGGAGAGGAUAUGAACAUAAAUGAUGAAAUCGUGGAGCGAUCCUCACAAGAAGCGGGUAGCACAGAUGUAAUGGAUAGACAAGGUCAAUUACUUGCUCUAGUUGAAGAUAAAGCUACUUAUGCAAAUGAAACAUGCUUAGUUUCCAGUGAUCCCGAGGGAAAGGCAGAUCUUCACUGUGACAAUCCUAAAGACCAUGAGAAAGAAGAAGAUAAUAACAUGAUUCCAGUAGAUAAGGAAGAUUCCAUGAAAGAAACUGGUUAUGCAGAAAAGGAAAAAGGACAAGAUCAUUUAUUUCCUGCAGCUGAGGAUAACAAUGCUAGGGGAAAUGAGGCGGAAUCGGCUUCUCUUGAACAUGAUGGCCUAGCAUCUCCCCGUAUCGAUGACCCGACACACAAUAAGAAAGGUGGAGACGGAAGUACUCAUGGAAGCAAGACAGGGCUGGUUUUAGGUGAUUGUGAUGGAAUGGUUCAUCCAUGUAUUGACAAGCCGAAACCUGACGAGAAAGGAGAGGAUAUCAUAAAUGAUGAAAUCGUGGAGCGAUCCUCACAAGAAGCUGGUAGCACAGAUGUAACGGAUAGACAAGGUCAAUUACUUGCUCUAGUUGAAGAUAAAGCUACUUAUGCAAAUGAAACAUGCUUAGUUUCCAGUGAUCCCGAGGGAAAGGCAGAUCUUCACGGUGACAAUCCUAAAGACCAUGAGAAAGAAGAAGAUAAUAACAUGAUUCCAGUAGAUAAGGAAGAUUCCAUGAAAGAAACUGGUUAUGCAGAAAAGGAAAAAGGACAAGAUCAUCUAUUUCCUGCAGCUGAGGAUAACAAUGCUCGGGGAAAUGAGGCGGAAUCGGCUUCUCUUGAACAUGAUGGCCUAGCAUCUCCCCGUAUCGAGGACCCGACACACAAUAAGAAAGAACAAGAUACUAGCACAUUUCUUGAAGUAGAGGAAAUACCUUUGAAAGAAGAUGCUAGUACAGAUGAAAUAAAUGCAGAAGCUCGCCCAGUUCCCGCAGGUGGAGACGUAAGUACUCAUGGAAGCAAGACAGGGCUGGUUUUAGGUGAUUGUGAUGGAAUGGUUCAUCCAUGUAUUGACAAGCCGAAACCUGACGAGAAAGGAGAGGAUAUGAACAUAAAUGAUGAAAUCGUGGAGCGAUCCUCACAAGAAGCUGGUAGCACAGAUGUAAUGGAUAUACAAGGUCAAUUAUUUGCUCUAGUUGAAGAUAAAGCUACUUAUGCAAAUGAAACAUGCUUAGUUUCCAGUGAUCCCGAGGGAACUGCAGAUCUUCACGGUGACAAUCCUAAAGACCAUGAGAAAGAAGAAGAUAAUAACAUGAUUCCAGUAGAUAAGGAAGAUUCCAUGAAGGAAACUGGUUAUGCAGAAAAGGAAAAAGGACAAGAUCAUUUAUUUCCUGCGGCUGAGGAUAACAAUGAUCGGGGAAAUGAGGCGGAAUCGGCUUCUCUUGAACAUGAUGGCCUAGCAUCUCCCCGUAUCAAGGACACGACACACAAUGAGAAAGAACAACAUACUAGCACAAUUCUUGAAGUAGAGGAAUUGCCCUUGAAAGAAGGUGCUAGUACGGAUGAAACAAAUAUGGAAGGUCUCCUAGUUCCUGCAGGUGGAGAUGAAAGUAGUCAUGGAACCGAGACAGGGACAUUUUUGAGUGAUCCCCUUGGAACCGUCGAUCUUCAAGGUGACAAUCCGAAAGAGCAUGAGAAAGAAGUGAGCAAUACAAGUGCUGAACCACAAGAGAAACCUAAGGCAAAAGAUGAUACUGAAGGGAAAAAUCUAACAAUUCCAGCAGCUGAAGAUGAAGAUUGUAAUAACAUAGAGGCCGAAUCGGCUUCCGGUGACCUUGUGAUUGUAGAUGAUACUCUUGAUAACCAGACAUUGGAAGGGCAAGAACAAGGAAAAACUGAACUUGAUCCUCUAGCUGAGUCUACAGAAGCUGAUGCAAAACCAAGUGAAGUAGUUGAGGGCAGUGAAACCCAACCAGUUUUUUCAUCGAAGAACCUGGAAGAUCAUGAGAUGCAAAAAGAAUCGAAUUUCGGGGAGGUUCUGUCUGGAAGAACUCACGAUGUUGAGGAUGAGAAUCGCAUGAAGGAAGCUGAAGAUGAGGGGGCUAGCAAUUCAUUAUCUGAUCAAGAAUCUUCUACAUCAGGUGAUUCUGUGCCUCGAGAAUCGGUAGUAGUUCUAGAACCCGAAGAGCAUGAAUCAACCGAAAUCGGUGCUGAACAAAUGGUGUUACAGUGCAAUGGGCCACUGAAGAGUAAGGAUAAGUUCAUACCAUCUUUAACAUGCCAAGAUCAGGAAAAUGGUUUUGUUUCAGAUUAUAGCGCUUCAACUGAUCCGGUUGUGAGGGUUUUUGCCGACCAAAGUCCGGAGAUAGAAAUGGAAACAGAUGAACCUGGGAAUGAUUUAGGAAGUAUGACUACAGUAAUGACCAAUUUGCCUAUGGGAGGUGGAGCCAAAUGCAUUGGAGAGUUGCCAACUGAGAUGAACUCAACUAAAAAUGAUUCCCCUGAACCACAAGUUGAAGUUAUCCUUUUAGAUGAGACACAGAACAUCCAGGCCGAAGUUUCCGAAUCCGAAGACAAAGGCAUAGUUCUUAGUCAAAAAGGCGCAUUGAUGGAGGACGCGAUAGAGAAAUCGAUCGGAAAGGGAUCUGAGGAAGGAUCAAAAGCUGAUGAUCCAAGUGAAUUCUCACCUCAAUAUAUGAUGAAUGACCAGGCACAGAUUCUCGAGAAUGGUCAUCCAGUUGAUGCAUCUAUUAACAACCAGAAAGAACAACAAAAGGACUCACAACAAGAAGUUCAACUGGUCACUGAUUCUGCAUACACAUUUCCCAUGGAUCAAAUGCACAAAGAAGAAACAGAAGAGAAGAAAAUUAUAGAAGAAAUGGUUGGCAAUAACAAAGAUUCAAAUCCCAUUGAAAAUGGUGCACCAAGAGGAAAAAAUGGAGACUCGUAUGUUCCAUUGACACUAUCAGAGACUAAAGCUAUUGCCAAUGGUGAUCAUCAUAACCAACUAGAAAGUGUGGGAAGGCUCAGCAUGGAAUCGAAUUCGGAUAACACGACCAUGCGUAAGUCGCCGAGCUUCGAUCUCGAUCUCAGAAUCAAUGCAAGAGCCGAAGACUCGGAUCAAACACCAUUGCUGUACCAAGACAAGACCACCAUCGACAGCUUCUCAAGCCAACUCGAGGUUACGGAUCAUGGAAAACCAGUGGCCGACGCCGAGAAAAGUGAAACCCCAUCACUGUAUGAAUCAAUGGCAGCACAUGAGAAAGGUGUUACACUAGAAAGAAGCGAUUCCGAGAAGUCGAAAACCCCACUCCUUGGCUUCUUGAAAGAAGACGAAGAAGCUGAGAACAACAACAACAACAUGUUAAUGAAUCCAAUUAAACAAAACAACCAAUCUGCAACAAAAGAGACAACAUCAUCAAAGGUUUCGGUUUCAGUUAAGGCUGUCACAUCUGGUACAACAAAAGGUAAAGUUAAACGCAAGCCUAGAGCUUCUCUCUUCGGCACCUGCAUGUGUUGUGCAACUGUGAUGAAUUAAACACACAAUUGAAGCUGGCCUUUUGUGUAACUUUCUUGUGUUAACAGUUUCAUUGUCCCUGUAUUUAUUUUGUUUUUGGUUGUGUUGGGUUUAUUUACUUAAAUUUAUUCGAUUGAAGCUUUCAAAAUGGAGUUUUGUGAGCUGUGAAUUUAUCAACUGAUUUGCUCAAAGCUGAGAUUUGAUGUAAACUUGGGCCGUAUUUACUUGGCUGCCUUUGAUUGUAAUAUUUGCUGAUUUUUAUUUUAAUAUAUAAUAUGUGAAAAG